UAGAAAUCGAUGAUAGUUAAUUGUGACAAACAAUAAAACAGAAUUCAAAAGUAAUGAAUUAUUUACAAGAACUUUAUGAAAUAUUUAUUUGUAUUCAGACCAAUUCUUUUAAUCACAAAAAGCGAAAUGUUGAAAAGGGAAUCUACGUUUAAUUAGAGGACGAAAGAAAAUGGAUAUAUUAAUGAAGCUGAUGCUCGGACAAUUUCUGUGUUACUCCGUGUUGUGUGAAUACUGCCCGACCUACAGAGAUAGCUCUAAUGUUACAAGGGCUGGGUUCAACUGCCCGGAAGCACUCCGUCUUGUCGGCAAGUCUGACGUAUACUGUUGUAUUAACGACUCUGAUGGUACACGAUACUGUUGUAACGAUAGAAGACAAAGUGUGUACCAUUCCCAGAUGACGUAUGGGCAGGAGGCGUUCAUGCUAUACUGGCCAUUUUUAGCAAUGGGCGGUCUAGUAGCUGGAUUUGUUAUUUUCAUACCUUACACAAUGCCAAGGAUUGCAGAGGUCAAACAUGAUUCACCUAUGGAUUGAUUAGAUCACGUUUAUCGCAUUCUUUUUUAUUUAAAUCACAUAAGAAAUAUAAGAAUCACGAUUUAAUGAGAUGAUUUGAUGAGAAAAUGUUUAAAGGUUUCAUAAACAUGGAAAAUAUUUGAUUAUAAAUGACAUGAAAAUACCAUUCCAUGUAUUUGUUUUUAAUAAAGUCAAUCCUAUAGAUUUAACACUGUGUCUUAAAUAUUUUCUAACACACAAAUCGUAUGAGCAUUGGAUAUUUAUGUUUAGGAAAGCGGCAAUGUAUACUUCCAUUCCAUCACUGAAUUCACUGUGUAAAACAUGUAAUUCUAGAGUAUAAUAAAUUAUCUGAUAAAAACUUAUAUAUUGUUUCAGUUCUUCUAUACUUAUUAGAAACUAAAUAUACAAAGAUGUGCACGAAGGGCUUGAGUUAACAAAUGGUCGUUAAAGUAGUCCAAUAUUCGUAAUAGGCAACUUACGUUUAACAAAGAAAAUGAUACGCCGUCAAAUAUGUAAUAUAUGUUUAUUUACUCUUGUCCCUCCCUAGUGUCCUAAAGACAAAUAGUGAUAUGAGAUCUUCAGUGUACUUUUAUAAAACUUUUCAACACUGAAAAGGGAAGAACUAGCGAAAUGUACAAUGAACUUAGAGCAUAAGCAUAUUUAAAUACAAAAAAUAGAAACAAGACAGUCCAAUUUUUUUUCAAGAUAGACAUAUUAAUAUAUCCAAGCAUAAACGAAUAUGCAUAAUUUUAGCUUAUGCGAAUCAGUCAGUGUUAUACAAAGUGUAGAUAUUACCAUGUUUUAUGCAUAGAUAAUCGAUAAUAUACGCAUGGACAUUUGGACAUUUGAAACAUACUAAAAAGCAACCAAAGUUUUUAUUUAGAUCUGGAGACAUUGUAUUUCAUAGUAUUUCAAUUGAUAACAACACAUGAACCAUCAUGUAUUCACUGGCGUUGAAUAUGUGCAUUUAAACAUAAAAUAAAUGUAACAGUGUUCUUUUAUUUAAAAAAA